AUGGCAACGACCUUCAGUGGCGGCUGUUACUCUUCCUCCUCGCAGACCAGUUUCUGCAGCAAAGUCACAGUGGUUCAGCGACCUCCGGCUGAUACCAACCGGCGUGCAUUCUCCCCUGUUGCGCCCCUCUUCCGUGACAGGACUAGGCCCCAGUCCAGCGGAGUGUAAGUUUGUCACUUGCAAUUUGGAGCUUGUGUUGCGGCACAGCAGUGAGAAUAUGUGCAAUCUGUGAGCUACAAUUAUAAAGUCAAAUCCCAAAUUGGAAGGAGAAGACGGAAGGCAACAGAAUGAGGGUUUAUUGCAUUUGCCGAGGGGUGGUGCCCCAGUGGCUUGAUUUGCCGGUUUCAGGGGAUGGCCCGUUCAAGUGGCGCAUGGGCAGCUGCGACUGUGCGGAUGCAGGUAUGCCUGAGAGCUGUCCGUCGUGUGACCUCAGGUCAGUACGUCUGGAACGGCUCACUGCAAAGGGGUGAAUGACCUUGAGGCAGCGAGGUCUUGAACAAGAACGCCAGACCGGUCAUGAUGGCUACGCUUGAAGCCCAUCAUUUUAGUGGCGAUUUAGUAACCUGGCAAACACGCUCCCUCCGAUCCCCCGAGGGCUUGAAAAAUUCUGUUGGUAACGGCUGGCCUUUAUCGCGAAUAUAUCUUCUUCUUGGGGGUAGGCAAGAAGACGACAAGCAAGACUCUUCCCAGGAAGGCUCGCUCCUCUGUUUACUGUGAUAGCCUGACUGUUGAAACCUCGAGUAAUUCAGCUGAGUGCCCCAGCCGGUCUGUCCUCGAAGUCAUUUCCAGGUGAAAAAAGACGCAAGUGAAAUUUCACAGUACCUUCCUGGUGGCUUAACCUCAUAGUUUGGAAAUACAGCUAUUACACCACUAAAUUUUAGCCGACCAUCUCCGCCUGAAAUUUCGUCUCGACUGGCUAUUCCGACGGAUCUGAGUGCACUUAUAAGACUUCCUUGUUAACACAAUCUUACAGUCUUUGCCUCCGCUCGUUGAUUCUCGCUGUCCGACACUUCUGGUUCAAAUCCACCAACAAUAUCCUCGUGUAGCAGGAGCUUUUGAAUGGGGAUAUUGGUCACUGAGAGAGUUGGGGUUAGGAUCUUGUCCGUGGCCCCUGCCAAGCUUAUCACCUGAUGGAUCGACUCAGGUUGGGUGUUUUGUGAUGUACUAGAAGUACGUCAGAGUUCAAAACAGUGUGAGCGUCAGAAGUUUUGUUAAGACGCAGCAUGUCAGAUAGUUCCACCGACGCCAGCGACAACGUCCACUAUGUGCCCCACGAGGUGGCUGGAGCGUCUGAGACUUGAGCUGCAUCCUCCCUCACUCACCUUGCCCUGAUGGCAAGACAGGGACAAGGGCUAUCCAGCCCGUUAAGGAGUGGCACCCACGACCUGUUCCCCACUAAAGGUGUACCGGGCUUCUUUAGAUGAGUUUCGGAUCUUAAGUUCGUGAGAAUGCCAUGUUAAGAGGGGGCGAUUGUGGCUUAACCCACAACCUUCCAGUCACUCCGAUAUGACAGUUCAAGCAUCGUGGACGACGAUGUCAGCUAUCCCCGCCCCACAGCAAGGUGUGUCGUAGAGACCACAGCUAGAAGGAGUGCUUGCACCUGGAAUCUGUCCUGAGAGCAGGACCGAAGUAUCCCGUCAACUGGCAAGCCCCGGCUUAUAGCUCUCCGUGGUAGUUUCAAAAAAGGAGCAUCAGAUUGGUUGUAGUGAGAAAUAUACACUAAGUGCCAUGGGGACGGAGUCCUGAGAGUCCAUCUCUUCCCUCUGACAAGGAUCAUCAUACUGCCCGAACCGGCCAGUCAUCGAAUACGAGGAUUGGACGCAACACCCCGCUGAGAACAGUUGGAAAUAACACGCGGCCAGGGGGCGUUGUGGGGAGACGUUGUCAAACCCCAGACCUUCAGAAUUAGCCCCAGCUGGUCUACAUUGGAAUAACUAUGGCCCGCCUGAUGACUGUGUGCCUUAAUUCGUACUCCUUGUUUAUUCGGUAGAUCGAAUUUUCUACUCCAAAUUAGCCUUGAGGACUCAUCGUUUGAGUACAGUUUCAAUGGAACAGCCUUUUAGACUGGAAUAGUUUGGCAGUGAGAGUCAGUGAGUGCGGGCUGUUGAUUAAUUCACACAGUCGGCACGUAACCCUGUGAUCACUUGAACAUUCGGGGCUAAUUCGGAUACCGGUGGUCUGAUUCCCUUCUACUUCAACGGCCUACCGUCCAGCCCACCGCCCUUCUUACCGCAGUCUGUCGCAGUAUUCAUCAAAGUGUGGGAAUUUGCGACUGACGCUACAUCCGAAUUUCAACCUGGGAUGUUACACAGCAGCGGUGCGCAGUAACUUUUCCUGAUUUUGGGAGGGACUUUCGACAGUAAUGUUCGAUUAAUUAACAAUGUCAGGGUACUUUAUUGCGGGAUCGGAUACACUCUCUCAAUCUGCCUGGUCGUAGGGGUGCCUUUCAGCGUCUUCAUGCAGUUUUGCACGUUUCAAACGGUAUACAUUGCUGUUUGUAACCAUUCGAGAUAAUUUUAAGGGAUUAUAGGUCUCCUUAUAGAAUCAACAAUUUUACUCGCGAAGUUUUUGGCUACUUUUUCCGCAGCCUGUUGUCAAAUGAGCUGACUUGCAGGGAUCGCCCCAACAUCUGCCUGUAGAUCAUAGAGAACCAGUAGAAUUACUAAUCACCUCACGCUUUCUGACGCCUGACGAGAACAAUUCUAGCACGUUUCUCUCCCGUUGAGGGGUUUUUGCAGCUGCAGAAAUCUUGUCACUCGGGCAGCAGUACGUUCGUCCCGAGAGACAGAAAAACCGAUGAUCUGAUACUGGUGCGGUGUGGAGUUCUGAUGCAAUUGUGAUUGGGAAGGGGGGAAGGAGAGGAUGAAUGAGCACUGAGCCAGCUUUGUUGGGCAUUUGGUGCAUCGGGCAGUGCGUAGGAGGGGGGGGGACGGAGAAACGCUCACAAAAAUUGCCCAAUUCACAUAAUGCAAUUUGCCUCCUCCAUUGCAUAUGCCUUCGUUGGCACAACCCCUCCCGCAUCAGAUCGCACGCUGAGACAACUUUGUCAGAUGACCCUCCUCCAGCGGUUUCGGGAGAAAUGCGCUGUCAACGUGGGCGAUUCUUUUGGCAUUUGGCGUGUAUCCAUCUACGCCGCCUGCAGGUUAAUGCACCGAUUGCCUGACUGGUGGUCGGGACUGCCAUUUCUCACCAGCAGAACGACUGAAUAUUUAUCUCAAGUCACAGGUUGCUGUAUAUUUUUACUAUCACGUCCUUUAGAAGCAUCAUUGCAUGAGAAGAUUAUAAACUAUGGAAAGGAAGGAUGACUGUAAAGUAUACCUAGGGAUCAAAACGGUUUUUACACGGUAGUUCAGAGCCCACCGAUGCAGGGGGACAGACCGUCCACUGACCAGAAGAAGAAGCGAUUGCUGGAACAAGGUCUUUAUUUGCCUGACGUUUCAGAUUCUCACUUGAAUCCAUCAUCAGGACAAUACCAGAAAAGGGUGACUCGUACACAGUAAGUUGCAGUAUGUAUAGGAUGCAGUCGCUAUGCUACCGCAUACCUAUAGCAAUUAACCGCGCUCCCCUUCAUGAAGGAUCGUUGCCCGCUGGUACGCUAAUUGCUUGCUGGCCGGCAUGCAAGUUGUUAAUUACCGAAAUGUCAUCACCCGUGUUGGAUGCUGGCGUGAUGAUUGCUCGGCCAUCUGGCUCACCGGCUUGCGCGCGUCCCGAGUGGUCAAUUACCUUGGCCAGCCUAUGCCUCAGCACGGAGUAUGGAGUGGGCAUGUCGUUGCACUUGUUGAUAGAUUGAGGUCCCGUGAACCAUGACUCAAGCAACUCGCGGCUCACACGAUUAUCGCCUCUGGCGAGAAUUUCGGCCUCAUCGAACUUGAAUGUGUGGCCGAGUCUCGUCGGAUGGGCCGCGAACUGAGAGUUGGCGUCAUUCCUCCGCACCGCUGCCGCGUGUUCGGCAAUUCGCGUUCGGAGCAGUCUUCCAAUGGCGUCCACUCUAUGAGUGUUCCCGCGUUAGCCGUUUUAUACACUUUGGACUUCUAUGCCGUUCAAGAAAGUUGCUGUUCUGUUAGUGUGGCAGACGCGGUUGCUGGCAGAUGUCGCUCACACUAAGACGCCUGCCGUCCCCCAUUGUUGGUGUUUGUCAAAAACCUGGUCAUUUGCUGGGUGGAUCAGGGGGUGUGGAGUAGAACGCCAAGGUGCGGUCUCGACCGUGCCAUCCAGCUGCGCCCUCUCCCACCUCCGUUCUUCUUGACUCUGUCUUGACACCGGGUCCAGAUGGGGGAGGAGAGAGUGCGGUAGACUCUGUGCAAGUCAACAUUCACUAAAAACUGAAUCACUCACAAGUCACCUUGUUUGGAGCACUCGGUAGACGUCGUCAGCAACGACGGUCAAACUGUCGUCCUUGUAAUAUUAGUUCAGAUCAUGCACUUAUUUGUCGGCGUGCUGCGUUGUGUAACGACUCUCUGACCGGCUGCGAACACGCACGUGCUUGUACGUACUUUGUGAAUAAACACUGAGGACUUCUAGUUAAUUGGACACAUGGCAACGAUCUUAUCCCUCCUCGUUUAGCUGAAGGCUGGCAGUUGCAAAAAAGACAGCCGACUCCUUUCAUGUAACAAUUAUCCCUUAAUUCCUAAUACUUCUCUUGCAGACGGGAGGGCACCAAGGCUUACCUGGCCCCGCGCCACUUCUCAGGCGACAGAGCCAGCUGCGGUUUCGAUGGCGCUGCCUCCGUCUCCGGUCCUACUCCAUCAGCGCUCAUGGAUAGCACAGCAGUCAACCAAUCACAGCAGGAAGGUGCGACGGCCGUCACCGGCACAACUGCUGUGAAGACGCUUACGGCCUCUGUGCCGGAGCCACACCCUUCAGCACACUGCCCCACCAUCAGCGUCUCACUUUUGCCGCCGGGGGCCACGAUCACUGCCGCCGCCGCCGCCACCGCCACCGCCCCUGAUGACUCACCAACUUCCACCAUUCAGCUACGCCAACGACCCGGCAGACGGCGUUUCUUUCGCGACCUGAGGCCUAGUCGCCUGACGGCAACGUCGCCAGGGAGUGCGGCCACCUCCCUGUCGGCUUCCGGAGGGGGAAGACUGCGUGCCUCACAACAGUCUGAGGACGCCAGUGCCGCUUCUUCUUCCAUGUCCACUUGCCCCAACUUCACUUCUCAGAUGCGGAGGGUGCGCUCACUAAUAUAUAUAUGUAUAUACUUAGUAAUUGGUUGUUUGUUCGUGACCUUUGCCACUCAUACGGAGCUUGUUUGCGUCGUGAAACCAAUAGAUCGGUGUGCGCCCAUUACUGAUUGAAUAAAUACUCGAUCUGCAGCGACAGCGAAUGACAGGUGGUGAGGCACUGAUGAGCUUCGGUUCGAUGAAGUGCUUAUGACCCAUCUGGUAGACCCCAGUGGUGGAUCAACUGCGCCAGGUGCGUCUGUGCGCAUGUUUGUGUUUCUGGUCCCAACUGCUGGCCAGGGUUAUGAUUAACUGAAUGAGGGAAAAAUAAGUCCGAAACUGUACUGCAUCAAUCUACCCACAUUCUCAGUCGUCCCUCCUUGCUGCUACAUAUGAAUGUCUAUAAUUUGAUUUUACUAUAUUAACAAUACGGGUUCUAGCUGAAAGCAUAGACAUUCGUUACACCGAUAUUCUGCCGCUUUAUGAACUCAGCAGCGGACCUCCAGAGUUCUCAGCGUGUUUUCUGGCAGAUCCUGUACUUUUGAAACCCCUGCUUUCUAAUCUCAGAAAUUAAUACGAUAUAUAUGAAUAAAUAAAUACAUAAAUAUGAAUAAGUACCCGAUCUAAAGCGAUAGAAAAUGACAGAUGGCGAGGGACUGAUCAACGUAGUUUCGAUUAAGUGCUCAUGACCUAUCUGGCAGACCAACUGUGCCAAGUGCGUCUGUGCGCAUGUUUGUAUUUCUGAUCCCAGCUGUCCCUAACCAUUGACCCAGAGGCUCGUUGUCCUAUCGGUUGUUACUAGAUGCAUUAAAACUGGUUGGGGGAUGCUAACCGUUUGUGUUACGGAACUCAUUCGUCCCGGCAUGCCCUGGGUUUGUCUCUCAAAGGUCCACGAACCGCCACACAGCGUUGCGCAAUAUAGGCAAAAUAAUAUUUCCGGCAGAAACAAGCAAGACUGGAGUGGCCAAUUCUGACUUGCCAACCGUCAUCAGCAGGCCACACCCAAAUCUGAGAUGUGCAACCACCGAGGGUCGAAGUCAAUUGUUAAUAUACCCGAUCGUAACCGACAGGGUAACGAGUCCGUGGCUCAGUGGUUAGGGGGGUUGGACUUUUAGUUAACAAGCCGCGAAUUUGAGCUUUGGAAGUUGCACACCUCGGGGUUGGGUAUGGCUGGUUGAUGACGGUUAGCAAAUCAGAAAUGGCAACACCAGUCUCCAGUCAGAAAUAUUAUUAUGCCUAUAUCACGCAACGCUGUGUGGCUGCAGGUGGGCCUUUGAGAGAUGACCCCGAAUCCCACUGAGCUCCAUAACACGAUCAGUACCCUCCGCCACACUGCCAUUUGUUAUAGAUUAUAUGGUACGCCAUCGUCGACAGCACAUGUAUUAGCUAAAAUCCAGGCACAUAUUUCGUCGAUAUUCUGCCGCUGGGUGAUAGGGCUGUAAGGGCGGUUCGGCUCGCCAGUGUUCUCUCGUGCUUUCUGGCAGAUUCCCUAGUGGUAGAGGGACGCUCAACAAUCGUUCAUACGGAACUCACUCUCUCUCUGGAGCCCGACCAGCAGCUGCACAGCGGCGCAUGCUAUAGGCUGAAUGUUAUCGCCGACAAAGACAGGGGAGACUGGAAUGGUCAUUUCUGACUUAUUAGCCGUCGUCAGCCAGCCAUACCAAUCUCCGAAGUGUGGAACACCUGGAGUUCGAUCCCGCGACAUGAUAGUUAGACGUCCAUCGCCUCUAACCACGGCUCAGUGGUUAUGACUGGCUGAUUAUGGCUAAUUAGUCAGAAAUGGUCAUUCCGGUCCCCCUUGUCUUUGUCAGUGAUAGCAUCCUGCCUAGAUUUCCUUCUUUUGAAAUUUCAUCUUCUAAAUCUCCUCAAAAUUCAAUGGUUUAAAAUGGGAGUGAUUUAUUCGUAUUUUUAAUGUGCUUUGCUGAGAGACACUCCAGUUAGCCCGCUGUGGCUGAUGAACUUCGACCGAGUAUUCACAGGUACUUUCAGUCGGAGCCUUGAAAGUUUUAUUCAGACUGAUUUACUGUAAGUUGGCACAUCCGUUUCCGAGGAAACUAAAAAGCCGCAAUAUACAUACAGUGAGUGACCGAUCUCAUGAAAUGUUGGCUGAAAUUCUGAAAUGCGUUUUCGAUUAGGAAGGACUACUUGGUCGCGGUUGUGAUACUGAUUACCUUGCGGCAUAAUCUUAUAACAUUUCGGACUCGGCAGGAUGCCUGCUUUAAAAUGCACUUCUUUUCAAUCUCCUGUAGAAAGUGUACUCGGCAAAAAAAUGACUACUUAAGUAACAUGCAUUUUCCCAUUGAUUUUCGAUGGUCUUGGAAAUUUAAAUAUACUUUAUAAAAACCAUAAACAAUAAUGUGCUUUCUUUUAGUCAAUCAAUAGAGAACCACGUCUUCUUUAUAUUUUAUCCUUAAGGAAGGAGUAUAAUUAGGUUUUAAAAAAGUUUUCUAAUUGCCGAAUAAUUUGGAGCCUGAUCAUUCGUUGCAUUAGCGCUUAGUGAUUUCACUCUACAAGGUGCAUGCGUUCCGCGUAAAGAAAAUCCCAUAUUUUCCUAUGCCAUUAAAGAGGUAUCAUACAGAGUCCAUAACGUUUUGCAAUAGAUGCGGAUCAUGUUGUACAUUUCAUGAGGAGAAGUGGUAAACGGCCAGGUACGAUGCUAUGUGAAUGGACAUUUCGCGGUCUUAAAAGUCUCAUAAUUAGAAACUUUUUUAAAACAUAAUUAUACUCCGUUUUUAAGGAUAAAAUAUAAAGAAGACGUGGUUCUUUAUUGAUUGAUUAAAAGAAAACAUAUCUUUAUUUUUGGUUUAUAUAAAAUAUAUUUGAAUUUCCAAGACCAUCGAAAAUCAAUGGGGAAAAUGAUGCUACUUAAGUAGUCAUUUUUUACCGAGUACGCUUUCUACAGGAGAUUUAAAAGAAGUGCAUUUAAAAGCCGACAUCCCGCCGAGUCCGAAAUGUUAUAAGAGUAUGCCGUAAGAUAGUCAGUAUUACAACCGCGACCAAGUAAUCCUUCCUAAUCGAAAACGCAUUUCAGAAUUUCAGCCAACAUUUCAUGGGAUCGGUCACUCACGUAGGAUGGCGGGAGUUAUGCAUCGCGUUAUGGGACCCGCUUGUUCCGUUAUGUACUAAGGCUCGAUCCAGAGCGCCGCAUGUAGUCGCAUAGUUAUUACUGUUAUAUGCAAGAUUCUAGGUAUACACAAAGUUCUCUAAUACAAUAAAAUGGAUAAAUAAAACAACACAAAUAGGAUGACAUCAGAAAGGAGAUCCUUAGUGAAAUUGGCACACAAGUAUCCUUCAGAAAUUAGUUUAAUGUCAAAUAUGACGGUAAACCAGCACCCUAAGUUUGGGAUAUAGAUUUAAAAACAGUUUCAUGAGAUUUGGCUGUAUUGUCUUGGUGAUGAGUAUGCUUUAAUUCAAUUAAAAAUUUCCUUCAAUAAGUUGUUUUCUCAAGAAGUCUUUUAAUUAGGUAUUUCGCUGACGGCUGUUUGCUCACUUUACCUCUUUUUGAGGGCAAAGCCAAGGUAAAAAUGGGUCAUUUGGUUGGUUUUUUAGCUUUUCUGAAAAGUAACGAUGUUUUUUUGAUGGAAAUGAAAGAGUUUUCUUUUCACAUUAUAUCAGAGACUUUUUCGAUGUUUUGGCUUGCUUUAAGGCACUAUUUUACUAUUAUUAAUGCGCAAUAGGAUGGCCAUAUAAAUACUUAGGCAUUGCUACAACCGCUAGUCUUCCACCGAUCCCGAUCCUAAAUUACACAUUGGUGGAAACUAGACCAUACUGAAAACAGCUUACCAUAUGAGUAAAACCGAAUGCAGUCACUCUGUGGAGGGUCUUUUGCGGUAAGCUAUUACGUAUUCGCAAAGAAGAGGACAGUUUGGGAAUAUUUAAGCAAGGGAUUGCCUGCAAGCGUUAUUCCUGACCCAAGGCCCCUCUGUCACGUGUCGAAACGGCGAACGUCGUCUGUAACGUCCAUCGCAGUUCCUGUGAGACGGACUACGUUGGAGAGACCGGCAACAACUGCAGACCCGCAUGAGUGAUUACGCAAGGACAGGGAGAAGGAUGGACCAGCUCUUGCUGGUUACUGUAGACUGUGUUGACUUGAAACACUUUCGUUCUCCAGAGGGCACAAAGCCUAGGCCGAGGUGUUGACCAAACAACCAGAGAAACGCUUGAAGCCUGGCGCACCGUACACAUUCCCAUCAACCGCUGUAUUAUUUCCUGGCUACUCUGCAGGCCUUGCGAGUACGGCUCAGUCAACGGAAUCGCAGACAGGAAGUCAGACUGGACGCGAUCGUAAGCAAAUACAUACGGACCAAGAACACAGGCAGGCAGGCAGGCGUAAACACAUGUCAGACACAAACGCAGCUGUAGGGGAAAUCGCGGGGAACGCAAGCCGGCGAGAUCGCCUAUCAGGCUUGUACACGGGUGUGCGGAACGUAGUUUGUGCAUGAACACCAGUGGCGGGGGUCGUCAGCCCAAUAGAAUGGAGACACCGGCAACGCCUCAGCAACCACUUGUGAGGAGCGCAUGGGCAGAUGCAAACAGAUGACGAGAAUCAGAUAUGUGGGUCAGGGAAAAAAAUAGAAGACAUGCAGAAGUGAUGAAUGACCAUUGUCAUCCCGACACCGCUGUCCGACGAGGAGAGGAAGAAAAGUGCUGACCAGCGUGCCGUCGACCAACACUCCGCUCAGGGCAUUUUGCACGAAUAAUAUUUGAAUCAACAGCACUUCAGCAUGCUCAGCAUCCAUAAAUACUGUGAGCCUGCGUAUAUAACGUAAAUCCGAACAUGGAAGCUUGCCUGCUUUUGAAACGUUAGGAUAUUUAACCUAUGGUUCCUGCAGUCGGCCAUUAUUCUCAUAUAUAUCUGCAUAUAUAUGAUGGUAAAGAGGGUGCUUACCGACUGACUGACGACGGCUAAUAAACCUUGUUUUUUUCGGCAAUAUUUCUCUUCAUAUACACUUAUAUUGGAGGUGGGAGACAACAGGGCAUGUGGGCGGACUAAAACAGAACUCUUUCGAAUUCAUUCAGCCCUCAUUCGGCUACUUCUAACGCCAACCGCCAUCUGUGACCAGAAACACGAACAUUGGCCAACCAUAACCAACCUCGACUCUGUGCAAUAUGGGAUUCGAGCCUGCAUUCUGCCAUUGGGCCACGGGAUUCUUUGUUCUGUCGGUUGUGAUUGAAAACGCUAAUUAAGUUGAAAGUGCGUCCAUCGAUCGGGUUAUAGAACAGGCUUGUCCCUUUGUGCCAUUGGGCCGAAUCUGCCCCUCGGUACCCUCAUAUCAGCAUAACUUACUAAUCAUCAAGCGAAUGGUUUUGAAUGAGUCCCAGGGAGCAAACAGCGACUAGAUCGUCUGAUCUGGUCCAUGGGCGUCAUUCUGCGAUAUGUAUAUCUGCAAAUAUAUUCGUAUACAUACAUGCAGAAGGAGACUACCGACAGAGAAUAAUUAGACCGGAAUGGCUGUUUUUGUCUUAUUAUUUAUCACCAGCCAGCCAUACCCAGCUCCAGGUUUGGAAGCUCCGAGCCUCGAAGUCGUUUUUUGUUGAGUAGAAGUCCAACGCUCCAACUAUUGAACCCGCAGGCUGCGAUCAGUUGUAGUAUUUAAGGUAGAGGAUGCUCACCGAUCACAUUACGGGACCUGUUCGUCCCGUCUUGUCUUGUGGUUCGAUUUAGAGACCUGUAGACAGUCGCACAGGGACUACUAAUAUAUGUAAUAGGAGACUGGCAAUAAAGACAAGGGCAAAGAGUUCGCGGGACAUUGGCUAAACAAUUGAACAUUUUAUGAACGGAAUGCGAAUCCUAGGCUCAGGGGUUUCAAGUCCGGGCUAGGUUAAGAGGGCUGAUGACAGUUAGUGAGCCAGAAAUGGCCGUUUCAUUCGCCUUUGUGCUCUUUUAUUAGUCUCCUUCUGCAUAUAUUUCUAGUAGUAGUUGUUGUGGCCGAGCCCAAAAGCAAAAGAUGCGGAGUAUGUCCCCCAGUGCAGUUGGUGAGCGUCCUCUAUCAUAUAUAUAGAUGCAAUACUGGCUGAUGACGGAUAAUAAUAAUUUAAAAAUGACCAUCAUUUCUCCCCUUGUCAGCACUCCUGUUUAUAUAUAUAUGUGUAGGUCUUUCGAAAGAAGUAGGUCUUUCGCGAAAGAUAACACAAUUAUAGAACAAUUUAUUUUAUUAAUUAUCGACUUUGGUUUCCCAAGCCGUUCUCAGACGUGAAAAAAGCGUGCGAAACGGUUAACAUUUAAACAUGCCUAGAAAUCGAUAUCGUCCUGUCACUUCAGUCAUUGGCUCUUUAUUGUGGUUUGGCAUAAAGAUUUGAUUGGCUAACGCAUUUUCCACUUUUUCUUGAGGCUAUUAUACACAGCAUUCAAUCCGAUGUGUCGCAUAAAUUACUAGUUAUCAUGCGAAUGCUCUUCAUUGAGCCCCAAGGCGCAAGAGUCGGGUAGGCCGCUCAACCUGGUCCGUAAGCGGGGACCACACUUCGUCAUUAGCUUUUACAUCCUUAGGGUAGGGUUGACUAUUUAAAUGAGAAAGAAAUCGUCUAUAAGGUACCAUGAGACACCUGUAGUGCAGUUUAUUGCAAUCAAACUGGAAAAUCUGCCUCUACACGCAUACACAUGCAUCACUUGGAAGUAAGAAAGCGAGACCACUUGUCCCAGGGUGCCAUGCAUACGCUGGGAACUGGACACAAAUUUGGCUUGGAAUAUAACUCUCAUUAUAGGUUUUUGCUCAUCUAAAAAAGCCGAGGGUCACUAGAGGGCAUUCGUUCUGAUAACGCAUGCAUCAAUCGACACAUCGAAUUGGAUGUUGUAUACAACAUUCUCAAGGAAAAGUUGAAAAGGCGUUAGUCAAUCAAAACAAAAUGCCAACCCACAGGAAAGGCUGACUAGGAGGAGUGACGAGGCAAGACCCAUUUUAGGCAUAUUUAAAUUUUAACUGUUUUGCACACUUGGUUCAGGUCUGAAGGCGCCUUGGGGAACCAAAGUCAAAGAUUUACGAAAUAAAUUUGUGUUAUCUUUCCCAAAAGACUUACAUCUUUCGAAUUAUGAUUCUUGGGAUGCCAUUUUGAAAUUUAUGCAUAUAUAUACCUAAAAAUUUCAACAUAAAUUAUUUGACGGCCUUAGAAUUUCAUACGACAACGAUACACGGGUUAGACCCAAGCCGGGUAUCUGAAUUAAUUUCCUGACUGCACAUACAAAGAAUAGAUCGUCGAGCUGUACUAUCAUCUGACUCUGAGCAUUACUGACCGCAGCUGACAGAGUAUAUGCUCACAAGCUCAAGCUUUACUGAGCACUAGCGUUCGCCUUUACAUAUGGGGCUUUCCCCUCAUGGAGCUGGACAGAUCACGUGCGGAUAAAAACUCGAAAUAUGCAGAAGGUGCUGAUUUCAGUCUCCCUUAUGUUUUUUUUUCAGGCAGUGCUUAUCCAUUAAUAGCCUAACUCGUAAAUACCACUUUCAUUUGCCCAUCUCUUCAGAGUAUUGACAACCUUGCAACUGAGUUAACUGCACACAUGGCUGACAGCCUAUCAGAGAAGGAGCAAGAUGUGAGGGGUUUUCGUCGACACCUGCGACACGUCCUGCCUCCCCGUCUGCUCGGGGCUACCACCUCCAAUAGUUUCUCCUCCUCCUCCUCCACGUCCCCCCUGCCACAGCAGCAGCAGCAGCACUAUCGGCAGUAUCAACCGUUUCUUCCAACUCCGGCCUCCACCUGGCGUCCACUUGCCAGGCGCCAGCUGACAGGUGGCCGUUGGCAGAGUGUGGUCACGCUGCCGACAACCGGCACGAGGACGCGCAAUGCCGCCGCCGACGCCGCUGCCGCGGCACCGACUGCUGUCACCACCGGCGCAGGUGGGGCGCUGAGACACCAAAAGACAUACAGCAUGCCCGGAGCCCUGACGGCGGACCCGCUGACGGGUGGUAGACAUCAACUGGCCAUCGAGGCAACGAGGCCGGCUGACGUGGACUUGAGUCUUUCAAACCCCAACAUGAUGUCCUCCCUCCCCACCAGUCUGCUUUGGCGCUCCCUUUCGCUCUCCCUGGGCACGGGUACCGCGCUGGCCUUCUCCAGCAUCGCUGAGGUUAGUCCAUACUCUCUACCCCUACCUCAGCCGAAACCUAUCUUUUUCGGCUCCUGCUUCCGCUCAAUGUUGGAGGUGCCUUCUUGCUAUUCACCAUCCUGGCUGUGGGGUUAAAACAGUUGCCAGAGAUCAAGCUGUGGAAUCAGAUACUUAUUAGAAAAAAGAAUAGUGUUCAGUGGGGUCGAGUUACUUGGGUUCUGAGCUGCCGGCUACCCGAGGGUUGAUAAAGUCGGCUUUUUGCUCUGCAUCUCUCCUCAUGUCUCCACGUAAUCAUUCUUCCUCCGUGAUGCAGACCAGAGGAAACUGCAUAAAGACGCGUUCUGCGACAGAAAUGAAAUCGAAGACAAUAGAAAGAUCUCAAUCAUGGCAUGCAAUAAAGACGAAAAAGCUGCACUGGAAAGCCAGUGCUGCUACUACUGCUACUUUUACUACUACUACUACUACUACUACUACUACUACUACUACUACUACUACUACUACUACUACUACUACGACUACUACGACUACUACUACUACUACUUCUAAUACUAUUACUACUACUACUACUGCUACUACUACAACAACUACUACUACUAAUAAAAAUGAUAAUACUGCUGCUGCUGCUGCUGCUACUACUACUACUACUACUACUACUACUACUACUACUACUACUACUACUACUACUACUACUAGUACCACUACAACUACAACUUCCACCGUCACUUCCAUCAUUGCGAUUAUCAUUAUUCUUACGAAUAUUACGACAAAUAGUACUGCUUCUGCCAACACUACCUCUACUACUGCUGCUAUUGCUGUUACUAUUAUUAAUAUUGGUGCUACUACUGUUCUUUCCGAUACAGCUGCUUACGUUGGUACCAUCAGUGCUUAAAAUUAUAUUCAUAUUAUUCAUACUCCAACUGUGGUUGUUAAGUCAUCUAUUGCUUUUCGUGGUUGUCAAUUCAGGAGCGCUUUUGCCUACUUAUAAAAGUCAUGGUUUUAUUUAUGCAAAACUCCCUUCUCGGUCAUGUCGCUGAUGUGGUAUACUGGCGAAAAUCUUUGGCUUCAUUAUGCUCUUAAAAGUUUGCGCUUAUAAAAACACCAGUAUGGACAGCAGCUGCCUGAGCAGCUGCAAAGUUUAGCCAGAAAGAGUGGCAGUAGCUAGGUAGGGUAUUGCCUCCAAUCAACCAGUCGAAUCCCAUUUGUGCGGUCAGUGGCCGGUCUCAUGAAAUCUUAGCUGGAAUCGUAAAAUGCAUUUGCUAUUAGGGAGGAUUACUUAAGUGAAGUUGCAAUAGCUACGAUUUUUUGGCAAAAUACCAUGAUAUUUCAGACAGAUCACGAUUUUGGCUUUUAAAUGCGCCUCUUUCCGGCUAUCUGUUAAAAGAGUAAAUGACAAAAUGAUUAUUUAAGUGGUGGACAUUUCCGAUGCCUGUAAAUAUUCAAGUAUAUUUUGCUGUAAAAAAAUCACAAAAUAUUCACCCUUGAACUCAUUUGGUAGAAGCGCACUUUUUUAGAGGUUUUUACUCAAUGGAAGUGCCUAUUAAAGUUUUAAGUAAGCUUGUUUAUUCACGAAUAAUUUUAAGCUCAAUGUUCCUUCGCAUAUGCCUUUAGAGUCUUCAGUCUACCUGCCCGUAUACUUUGCGCGUAAGAAUAAUCGUUCAUUCCCCUAUGACAUUAGGAAGCUAGCAUACAAAGCUCAUUAACUGUUGCGAUUAAUUUGGACUGUGUUUUAUGCUUUACAGACACAUAAGACACUAUUUGAGUGAAUAUCGCGUGGUCGUAAAAUAUCUCUUAAUUAUAAAUCUAUUAAAAACCUAAAUAUGCCCUCCAAUUUUAGCAUAAGAUUUGAAAAAGGCGUGAUUUUCCACCAAUUGCGUAUGAGUUCUAUGAGACAUCUCAUAGGCAUAAAAAUGAAUGGAUAAAAAUGGACGCUAUCUAAGUAGCGACGGAGAGCAAGCACAUUUAAAAGUCAACAUCCUGGCAUGUCUGAAAUGUAAUGAGAGUAUGUUGCACUAAACUUAAUAUCACAACCCCACUUAAGUAGUCAUUCCUAAUCAAAAACGCAUUCCAGAAAUUCGGUUGACAUUCUGUGAGAUCGGUCACUGAGGACACUUUAUUUCCGCUAGGAAACAUAAAGCAGGGACAGGGACAGUGACAGAAGGGGGUCAAUGACUCUGAUGAUGGGUUCGAGAGAGAAUCUGCAAUAUCAGGCGAAUAAAGCCAUUGUCCUAGCGAUCGCUUCUACUUCUUAUAAACCACUUUUCAUUCAUAAUUUAGUAUUCGCGUCGUUGAGAUACCGCUUUCGGUACAGAACAAAAUGGACCUCGUACUCAAGCACUGGCCUAAUAAGCAGUAAUUUAUGGCAGAGACAGUUUUCAACAUCACUGAAGUUUGACGAUAGUGUUGGACUAAUAAGAUGUUUAUUUUCUGUCUUACCUGCCAAAAGGUCAGAUACCGCUAAGACAAAUACAAUAUGACCAGGGAUUUCUGAGCAAAAUUGGGAUUCCGAAGCCAGCCGUAUCAAGUGACACGCGCUGUGUUACGCUUUACUAUUAGGGAAUUCCUUUAACGUACUCGGAGCGAUUGUCAUUUUAUUUAGUAGAAGCUGUUCUUCCGUCUGAGACGCAGGUCAUGAUGGAGCAUAUGAGGUCCGUAUUUUAGGGUUUUUACGUUUUCUUUUUAGGUCGCCUCACUGCCCAGUGAGGAGAACUUUUGA